AUGGCGAUCAGGAACGGGAAAGUAACCAACAUGUUCAAGCUCCAGAUCCAGGGGGAUGUCAUCCCAUCUAUAGAGAAGAAUCCCAUCAAAUGCCUCGGAAAAUGUGCUUGGUUAUCUGAAGAUGAGGAUCCCGUGAUCACACAGGUCAAUCAAAGAAUCGCUGAUGUCACCGGUCUAGAUCUGGACACAGCAGAGGAGCUCCAGGUCGCAAAUUAUGGGAUUGGAGGCCAGUAUGACCCACAUUAUGACUCAAAGUUGUCAAAUGACUCCGACUUUCAGCUCAGAGGAGGCCGGAUUGCUACUGUCCUAAUCUAUAUGAGUGAUGUGGACAUUGGUGGGGCAACAGUGUUCCCUACCUUCGGAGCAGCCCUUCGGCCAAAAAGAGGUACUGCAGUGUUUUGGUUCAACCUGCUAGCAAAUGGAAAUGAAGAUGGCAGAACUUUACAUGCAGCGUGUCCUGUGUUUGUAGGCAAUAAAUGGGUUGCCAACAAGUGGAUUCGUACUCGUGGACAAGAGUUCAGAAGAAAGUGCUCUACAUCCAAAUCUGACUGAAGUUCCAGUGUAGUCACUCACAAACCUCCAACUGUC